AUGACCGACAAUUCCGCCCUUGCCGGGGUCUCUGCUCCGUUUGACCCGUUCGCCGAUGCCGACGGCGAUGAUGCUGUCGUAACGAAAGGCAUCGUCCACAUCCGUCUGCAGCAACGCAACGGACGCAAGUCGCUCACCACCAUCCAGGGUCUGGAUGACAAGCUCGAUCUCGCAAAGCUCACAAAGGCCUUCAAGAAGGAGUUCUGUUGCAACGGCUGCGUCGUCGAUAACAAGGAACUUGGCAAGGUCAUCCAGCUCCAGGGAGACCAGCGCGAAAAGGUUAAGUCCUUUCUCACUGAAGAGGAUAUCGCCGCUAGUAGAAUGAUCAAGGUUCAUGGUAUUUAGAAUACAUUUUGUUUCUACCUGCCGACACUUGUCACCCGUCUCCGUUACGAAUACCUGCACCGAUAUUUGCUUGGGCGUACAUACUUGACGCCCCCACUUGCUUCCUAGUCGCAGUCGUCGCGCAAGCGCUCAGCAAAUCUUGGUACACAGAUGUCAAGCCUAAUACAAGGGGUAAUAAAUCUAUACAGUAUU